AUGAAAAAAGUUGAUGGAUACAAAAUAUACAAGUUCCCAUCAAAUAGACCUGUUAAAGCUUGCAUAUUAAUAAAAGAAAAUUCAUUUAGCACUCUUGGAAUCUCAGAAUACUCCAACUCUAACUGUUCCAUAGUACAAAUAAACAAGGCCGGCAAACAUAUCUACCUCCUUAGUGUAUAUAUAGAACCACGUAGCGAUAUAUAUGAUACCAUGAAUCAACUCAAACUAUUUCUAGAGAAAACUAAAGAUGCGCGUCACAUAAUUGGAGGUGACUUCAACGGCUGGCACUGCCUCUGGAACUCCAAAUUAAAUAACAAAAGAGGGAACACAAUAGCCAAUUUUAUACAUACUAAUGACCUAGAAGUUUGCAAUCAGGGCAAUACGCCCACUUUUGAAACUACUACACAUGGUGUACACAGAGACUCAAUUAUUGACCUUACACUAACCAGUAACUCCCUAGUAAACCAUGUUAUUGAUUGGAAAGUUAAUCUUGAAAUAUGCCCCUCUUCAGAUCAUAAUGGUAUUGAAUUUAAAUUACUUUUAGAUGAUCAUAGCAUAAAGAAAAAUAAAAAACUGUCAACUUAUAGAUACCACACUACCCGCAUAAAUUGGGACACAAUAGAAGAAAUAUUCAAAAAAGAAAUUGACAAAGCCCUUCCAAUACAAGAUAAUAUAAAUAAAUUAGAUACAGUGCAACUAGAAAGUCUUAUAGUUAACAUGACACUUGCAAUACAAAAUGCAUGCGAUCUAAUUUUGCCUCGUGCUCGAAGCAAAAAAUCACAAAACCCUUGGUGGUCCACAGAAUUAGAGAAUAUGAAAAAGGAGCUCAUAAAAAAACACCACACAAUUCAUCAACUCAAGCGUCGAGGCCUAUCACUUACGGAAGCACUUGAUGAGCGUAACAAAUUGAAAGCGGAGUAUACUGAAGCAUUAAAAAACGCCUCCAUCUCGAAUUUUAAAGAAUUCUGUAACAAACAGGGCAAAGAUGAUGUCUGGUCACUGACCAAUAAAUUACUUAAAACUAAACCUUUAACUCAACCACCAUCGACAGUAAAAUUAAAAAACGGUUGUUACACUGUAAAUACUAUCGAGGCGGCAAAUGUAUUUCUAAAUGAAUACUUCCCCGAUGAUACACCUGAUGUGACAGAACAACAGCGUGAAGCAAGGUUACUCAUGGAAAUCUCUCCAGAGACAACUUCCGACCCGUUAUUUACCACUGAAGAGAUCUUGGACUGCCUUAAAGUUAUGAAUCCUAACAAGUCACCAGGGCCCGAUCAUCUAACGUCAGACAUUUGCCUAAUGUUUGCGAAAUUGUAUCCUUCAAUGGUCACUUCAAUAAUGAACAGAUGUUUGGAGCUAAAAUAUUUCCCGAAAAUAUGGAAGAAAGCAUACAUCAAAAUAAUACCAAAACCAAACAAAUCUGACUACUACGACACUGCCGCUUACCGACCUAUAGGAUUAAUAAACGUUUUUGGAAAGCUAUUGGAAAAAUUGAUAAUUCAAAGAAUCACACACCACAUUAACAGUAAUAAUUUUGCAUGCAAUAACCAAUAUGGAUUUAAAGAACAAACUAGUACCGUACAUGCCUUAAAGAAAGUAAUAGAUACAGUUAAACAAUCCAAAUCAAACAAUGAACAUGUCAUAGCUAUUUCGUUGGACAUACAAGCGGCGUUCAACAAUGCUUGGUGGCCAUUAAUCUUCAAAAGACUGCACAAAAUCAAUUGUCCUAAAAAUUUAUACGACAUAAUGCUUAGCUAUGUUCAAGAUAGGAAAGCGCAGAUUGAUUUUGCAGAUAGCUCAGCUACAAAGACACUCACACGCGGCUGCAUUCAAGGAUCAGUUUGUGGACCAACUUGUUGGAAUCUGAUCUUGGAUGAACUUUUAGAAUGUAAACUACCAGGAGGGUGUCACAUACAAGCAUUCGCGGAUGAUGUGACGCUCAUUGUUCAUGACAAAAAUUUAAAAGUGCUACAGAACAAAACCAACCAAGCUUUAGAGAUGAUCACCAACUGGGGAUUCAACACAAAAUUGACAUUCGGACCUCAAAAGACGCAGGCAAUAGCAUUCACUAGAAAAGCUGAGAAAAGCAUAAUAAAAAUUAAUAACCAUCCUGUACAUUUUAAAAAUACAAUAAAGCUCCUUGGCAUUAUCAUUGAUAAAAAACUGAAUUUCACUCAACAUAUUAAAUCCGUCAUUGAUAAAGCGCAAAAUAUAUAUCAAAAACUCAUUAGAUUUGUCAGACCUACGUGGGGUUUACAUGGAGAUAAUAUAGACACAAUAUACAAACAAGUAAUAGAGCCAAUCAUCUGCUAUGCUUCUAGCAUAUGGCACGAUGCAAUAAAAUUUGAAUGUGUCCGGAAAAAACUUCUGUCGCUACAAAGAGGUUUUGCCAUAAAAAUAGUACGCGGAUUCCGAACCCUUAGUACAGCAGCGUCCAUUUCACUAGCUAACCUAAUACCCUUGCCUGCAAAAAUUUUAGAAACUGCUGAAAUCGAAAGUACAAGAAUAACAGGAAUAUCAAAAUUUUUACCUCAAGAUAUCACACUUGACGGACCAGCUCAACCUUCAACAAUUAUUCAUCCAGCUAAUAGAGUUAAAAUAAAUUUCAAUAUAGCUUCAAAAUAUGAACAUAUAGUAGAACAUCAGCUAGAAUUCUAA